GGUACACAGGGCACUGAGGACAAAUUGACUGUUUGAGGCCGAAGUGGGGGUUGUGGAGGCUGAGAGUACAGCUAUAUUCUUUAAAAAGAAGAUGGUUUUUUCAAAGACUGUAGGCUGCAGAGGUGUGCUUCUCCAUUAAACGGUGCCACCAUGUUGGUCCCAAUCUUCACCCUCAAGCUUAACCAUAAGAUUAACCCGCGUAUGGUCACCGUGGGAAAGUUUGAUGGGAUUCAUCCAUGUCUGACUGCAGCUACGCAAGCAGGCAAGGUGUUCAUCCAUAACCCUCACAGUCGAGGACAGAGGCAAACAGCUCACAGACUCAGUCAGAGUACCCAAGACUCUGACAUAUCCUUGCUUAAUAUCAACCAGGCAGUAAGCUGCCUGACAGCAGGCACUUUGGGACCCAACACCACAGGAGACACACUUCUGGUGGGCUCGCAAACCAAUCUGCUAGCUUACGAUGUACAUGACAAUGCUGACAUAUUCUACAGGGAGGUGACAGAUGGAGCCAAUGCCAUUGUUCUGGGAAAGUUAGGGGACAUUCAGUCACCUCUUGCCAUUAUUGGAGGGAACUGUGCUCUUCAGGGCUUUGACUAUGAGGGAAAUGACCAGUUCUGGACAGUUACCGGAGAUAAUGUGCGAUCACUGGUGCUGUGUGACUUCACUGGUGACGGGAAGAAUGAACUUCUUGUGGGAUCAGAAGACUUUGACAUCAGGGUAUUCAGAGAGGAUGAGCUGGUAUCAGAGAUGGCAGAGAAUGAGACAGUGACAUCGCUCUGUCACAUGCAUGGCAGCAGAUUUGGUUAUGCUUUGGCCAACGGAACAGUAGGAGUGUAUGACCGCACUGCCCGCUACUGGAGAAUCAAGUCAAAAAAUCAUGCAAUGAGUAUUCAUGCCUUUGACCUGAAUGCUGAUGGAGUUGUGGAGCUCAUAACUGGCUGGUCCAAUGGGAAGAUUGAUGCUCGCAGUGACCGUACUGGUGAGGUGAUCUUUAAGGAUAACUUCUCCUCGUCUGUGGCUGGGGUGGUGGAGGGAGACUAUCGCAUGGAUGGUCAGAUCCAGCUUAUCUGCACAUCAGUAGAAGGGGAAGUACGUGGCUAUUUGCCAGCCAGUAAGGAGAUGAAGGGGAACCUAAUGGACGCAAGUGUUGAACAAGACCUUAUUAGGGAGCUGAGCCAGCGCAAACAAAAUUUGCUAUUGGAGCUACGCAACUAUGAGGAAAAUGCUAAGGCUGUCCCUGGUGCCUCUGAAGGGGAGAAUCAGAUGGGCAUAAUCCCCGCUAACACUCAGCUGCAAACGGCCCUGUCUGUGCGAGCAGCUACUGAGAGCCAGAGAGCCCACAUAGAGCUCAGCAUCUCUACACCAAAUGAGACCAUCAUUAGAGCUGUGCUGAUAUUUGCUGAGGGGAUUUUUGAAGGGGAAAGUCAUGUGGUGCACCCCAAUGCUCAGAACCUGUCUGGCUGCAUCUGUGUUCCCAUAAUUCCUCCUAAAGACAUUCCUGUGGAUCUGCACAUCAAGGCCUUUGUUGGUGGGAGGACCAGUACACAGUUCCAUGUGUUUGAGAUAACUCGUCAGCUGCCUCGCUUCUCCAUGUAUGACCUUCAUGUUGACCCCUCAGCUCCACGACCCACAGGAAGAGUCACAUUCAGUAUCAACGAUAGGCCACAAAGGGUAGUCAUGUGGCUGAACCAGAACUUUCUGCUACCAGAAGGCAUCAACAGCCCAGAUGUGACGUUCACUUCACUGCGUGGAGGAGGACUCCUGACCAUCAGCAUGCGCUCCAGUGGGGAGAUAACACUGUCUACAGAUGACAUUGAUCUGGCAGGAGAUCUGGUCCAAUCGCUGGCUUCUUUCCUAGCCAUUGAGGAUUUACAGGCAGAAGCAGAUUUCCCCACCUACUUUGAGGAGCUUCGAGUCACUCUUACAGAGGUGGAUGAGUUCCACUCAGUGCAUCAGAAAUUAACAGCAGCCAUGGCAGAUCACUCCAACCACAUUAGAAACAUGCUGGUGCAGGCGGAGGAUGCCAGACUCAUGGGAGACUUGAAGACCAUGAAGAAGCGUUACAUUGAGCUGUAUGACCUCAACCGAGAUCUGAUCAACGAAUACAAAAUCCGUUCCAACAAUCACAAUGCUCUUCUGGCCUGCCUCAAGGCUGUGAACCAGGCCAUUCAGCGGGCAGGCAGGCUCAGAGUGGGGAAACCAAAAAACCAGGUCAUCACUGCCUGCAGAGACGCCAUCAAGAAUAACAACAUAAACGCUCUCUUCAAGAUCAUGAGAGCAGGGACUGCUUCCUCCUGAAGAAGCCCUCUCGUGGUCCCCUGCACUACCUACAGGACAGGAGCUCUGGCUCUAGGGAGAUCAGUCCAAGUCUCCUGGAGGGGAGGCUGAAACAAAACACUGUGUGGAGAAAGAGUCCAGUAAUCUGCUCUUACUGAGUAAUGGAAAAGCCUGCAGGAGAGAAUAUCUAACCCGGGCCUUAUUACGGCAGCAGUUGUACGUAGAGGAGUAACUGGAUACUGUAGAAGCGGCAGCUGAUGAGGCUGUCCUUCGUGUGUUCAGGGAACAGUGGAUUGUACACUAUAUGUCCAAAAGUUUAGACACCUGCUCAUCCAAUGUUUCCUCUAAAAUCAAGGGUCUUAAUAAAUUUCUCAUGAGAUUGUUGUGUAUUAUAGUUUUAUAAGAUUAAUAAACUUGUUUAUAGAUUUUUUUUACUUGCUUUAAGUAAUUUUAUCCAGAUAAAAUGUCUUAUUUUAUCUAAAGCCCUCAGAUAAUUUUGCUUGGUUUAAGGUGUAAUACUGAUAAUUGUGCUUGCUUCAAGAAAUAAUGCUUGAAACAAGCAACAUUAUCUGCUAGUAGAAUAAGACAGUUUCACUAGAUAAAAUUACUUAAAGGUGCAGUGUGUAACCUUAGUGGCAUCUAGUGGUGAGUUUGCAGAUUACAACCAACUCAAUACCCCUCCCUCACCCCUCCCUUUCCACACUCACUUGAUUUUUCGUAUGAUCCUCAAUUUGUCAAAAUUUGGGUUCUCAAACUUCUCACAACACAGAAUAGUUGGCCAGCACUGGCUGCAGCCACCAAUUCUUCUUUCUACAUCUUCUAACCAGUGCCAUCACAUUCAAGCUGUUGCUACAAUGUAAAAACAUGAAAGGCGCUCUCUAGAGCCAGUGUUUGGAUUUCCGUUCUGGGCUAUUUUAAAAACAUGGCGGCCUCUGUUGGGAGAGGACCUGCUCCCUAUAUAGAUAUGAAGGGCCCAUUCUAAGCUAAUGAAAACAAUGAUUCGUAGUUACAGGUGACACACUAAUGAAAACAUGGUUUUGUAUACUGUAUUCCUGUAUUCUGCUAAUAGAUCCUACAUCUUACACACUGCACCUUUAAAAUGUCAUAAGAUAUAAGUUAAUCUUAUAAUAUUCUUACAACAGUCUCAAAAUGAGAAAUAUUAGAUACGUUGACUGGCUUUAAGAUAACUUCACUUAAAAAGAUUUUUCAUUUUUUACAGUCUUUGUCCUCGUUUACUUUUCUGGGAAGGCUUUACAUUAGAUGUUGGAACAUUGCUAUGAGGAUUUGAUUGCUUUGAGAGACCAGAGCAUUAGUGAGGUACUGAUGUAAUGAUGGAUAAUUAGUUAUGGAUCAUAAAUGCCUCUCCAUCUCAUCCCAAAGGUAGUGAAUGGUGCUCCAUCUCUCCAGAGAACACCGUUCUACUUCUCCACAGCCCAAAGCUGGGGAGGCUUUAUGCCCCUCUCUCUGAUUCUUGACAUUGGGCAUGAUUACCUUUCUUUUGCUACUGCUUUUCUGUGCAGAUGAUAUCACUUUAAAGGAGCACACUCCUAGGAGUGCACUCAUUAGAAGAGUGUCUGGAUACUUUUGGACAUACACUGUAUGAAGAUAUUUACUUUUUAUAGUUGUGUAUAGGCACUUGAUUGAUAUUGAAUGUGUGUGUUUGGGAGAUGCUGAAUUUGAUUAAAUUAUUGGAAAAAUC